AUGCCUUCGAUUCCCCCUCCCGUCGCCUUCCACGCCUGCCGCACUCGCUUUCCCCCCGUCACACUCGCUUCCCCACCCGUCACCUUCAUUUCCCCUCCCAUUGCCUUUCACUCUCUCCUGCUCAAUCUUUUCCCCCCUGCUCACUCUCUUCCCCCCUGCUCACUCUCUUUCCCCCCUGCUCACUCUCUUCCCCCCUGCUCACUCUCUUCCCCCCUGCUCACUCGCUUCCCCCCUCCUCAAUCUCUUCCCCCCUGCUCACUCUCUUCCCACUCUCUUCCCUCCUGCUCACUCUCUUCCCCCCUGCUCACUCUCUUCCCCCCUGCUCACUCUCUUCCCCCCUGCUCACUCGCUUCCCCCCUCCUCAAUCUCUUUCCCCCUGCUCACUCGCUUCCCCCCUCCUCAUUCUCUUUCCCUCUGCUCACUCCCCUCGUUCUAACCCCACUUUCCCCAUUUCUCACCCAUUUUCCCCCUUCACGCUCUCUUACCCCCUCUGCUCGCCCCUGUUUUCCCGACUCACGCCUAUACUCACUCUCUCCCCCCCUGCUCACUCUCUUCCCCCCCUGCUCACUCUCUUUCCCCUUGCUCACUCUCUUUCCCCCCUUCUCACUCUCUUUCCCCCUUCACGCUCUCUUUCCCUCCCUUCCGCCCGUUGCCCCCCUUCGUCUCGCGCUCGUCCCCUCGCAAUCCCCGUCUCUCUCUCCCCCCGUCGCCCUCGUUUUCCCCGUCGCCCUCCCUUCCACUCCUCGUUGCCCUCACCAUCACUCCUCGUUGCCCUUCUCCCUUCCCAUCUCGCACACUUGUCACGCCCCCUUUCCAACCCGCACAUACACCCUUCCCUUCUUCCCUGUUUCCUCGUAUCCCCUGCGCUGCUUCCCCCCAUCCUCCGACUUGCUCCCCCCAUCCCCUUCCCUGCUUCCCCCCAACCCCUUCCCUGCUCCCCCCAUCCCCUUCCCUGCUUUCCCCCUUCCCCUUCCCUGCUUCCCCCGGUCCCCUUCCCUCCUUCCCCCGUCCCCCUCCCAGCAUCCCCCCAUCCGCUUCCCUGCUCACCCCCAUCCCCUUCCUUGCUCCCCCCCAUCCCCUUCCCUGCUUCCCCCUAUCUCCUUCCCUGCUUCCCCCUAUCACCUUCCCUGCUCACCCCUGCUCCCUCUGUUUCACCCUUGCUCCCUCUGUUUCACCCUUGCUCCCUCCCCUUCUUCUCUGCUCACCCUCUUCCCCCUUGCUCACUCUCUUUACUUCUGCUCACUCUGUUCCCCCCUGCUUCCUCUCUUCCCCUCUGUUCAAUCUGUCCCCUGCUGCUUCUUCUCUUCCCCUCUGCUCAUUCCGUUUACUGUCUUUCCCCCUUCACUCACCCCCAUACCCCCCAAUGCAGUUACAGGAAGGGAGGAACGGAGGAAGGGAGGAAGUGAGGAAUGCAGGAAUGAAGGAAGGGAGGAAGUGUUGAUGGGAGGAAGGGAGGUAGGGAGGACGCUUGGGGGAGAAGCAGAAGGGAGGGGAGGAAGAGAGGCUGGGGAGGAGGGUGGGGAGGGGGGUGGGGAGGAGGGUGGGGAGGAGGGUGGGGAGGAGGGUGAGGAGGAGGGUGGGGAGGAGGGUGGGGAGGAGGGUGGGGAGGAGGGUGGGGAGGAGGGUGGGGAGGAGGGUGGGGAGGAGGCUGGGGAGGAGGCUGGGGAGGAGGCUAGAGAGGAGGGUGGGGAGGAGGCUAGGGAGGAGGCUGGGGAGGAGGGUGGGGAGGAGGGUGGGGAGGAGGGUGGGGAGGAGGGUGGGGAGGAGGGUGGGGAGGAGGGUGGGGAGGAGGCUGGAGAGGAGGGUGGGGAGGAGGCUGGGGAGGAGGCUGGGGUGGGGCGGAAUGGGGUGGGGCAGAAAGGGGUGGGGCGGAAUGGAGUGGGGCAGAAAGGGGUGGGGCGGAAUGGGGUGGGGCGGGGCGGAAUGGGGGCUGGGGAGGAGAGGGAUGGGGAGGUGAGGGAUGAGGAGGUGAGGAAUGGGGAGAUGAGGGAAGGGGAGAUGAGGAAUGGGGAGAUGAGAAGCGAUGGUGAAGAGGGGGAACGUGAUGGGCGGGGGGGUGAUGACGACGCGGAGAGAGGGAGGAGAGAAGGGAGGUCGGCGGGAAGGCUAAGCGAGGACGAUGGGAGGGCAAGCGUGGGCGACAUUGGCGGUGGGCGACGGUGGCGGUGGGCGACGGUGGGGAGAAGCGUGGGCGACGGUGGGGGGAAGCGUGGGCGACAGUGGGGGGAAGCGUGGGCGACGGUGGGGGGAAGCGUGGGCGACAGUGGGAGGAAGCGUGGGUGA